CAGAUCAGUGUGUGUGUGUGUGUAUGAGAGUGAGCCGGUGCCUGACACCGCUCUGUUCUAUCCUCGGAGUUCGAUUCCUGCUAUAAUCCAGCAACACGUGGCACCAGCAUGUCCCUGGCGGAUCUGCAGUGGUGUCCCACCAGCGUCCAGGUAACGGUGCUCCAAGCCCGAGGCCUCAGGGUGAAGGGGAAAGGCGGCACCAACGAUGCGUACGCGGUCAUGCACCUGGGCAAGGAGAAGUACCAGACCUCGGUGGUGGAGAAGAGCGUCGCUCCGGUGUGGAGGGAGGAGGCCGCGUUCGACCUGCCGCCGCUGCUGCUGCUGCACCAGGGAGCAGGAGGUGGAGGAGGAGGUGGAGGAGCAGGAGAGCGCGGCACGUUGCGCGUCCACGUCCUGCACCGGGCCCUGGUGGGUCCGGACAAACAGCUGGGACAGGCUGUCAUCAACCUGCUGCAGCUCAGUGACGACAAAACCCGCAGCAAGACCGAAUGGUUUAAGCUGCUGGACAAGGCGGGCAAGGCGGACAAAGACAGAGGAGAGGUUCUUGUGGACAUCCAGUUCAUGAGGAACAACAUGACCGCCAGCAUGUUCGACCUCUCUGCUGCAGGAAAGUCCCGGUCCCGACUCGGCAAGUUCAAGGACAAAGUUCGCGGCAAGAAGAAGGACUCGGACGCUGCGUCUGGCCUGGUGCCGUCCUUCAGUCAUGUUCUGACGGACAGCGAGGGGGAGGCAAUCGGAGAUGAGGAGGUGGCUGCGGGGAAGGAUGAGAAGAAGAAGAAACAUAAAAUGAAGUCUUUGUUUUCUUCCAAGUCCAACCUGCAGAAGAACAUGUCUCAGUCCAUGUCUGUUCUGCCCGUGAAGAACUCGUCGCUCAGCGGCAGCCAAUCGUCUGGUCUGAAUAUGGAUCCCUCCGAGGGUAAAAAGAAGUUCAACUUCAAGAUUCCCAAACGCUCAGGCAGCUCAGACGUCAAAGAUUCCUCCUCUAGUCACCAGAAACAUGGCGCCGCAGAACAGAGUAACUUGUGCAUCAAUGGCAGCCAUGUUUACCGUGAAGAGCGACAGACUCGAACCUCUCGCAUCGGGUCAAACUUCAGUCUGGCCAGUUCAGGCCAUGGAUCCAUGGAGGACGUCCCUGAAAGCUCCCCUCCAUCUGUGGAGUCGCUUCAGGCAGUGAGGCAAUAUUCUGCCUGGACAGAAGAGGAGGAGGAAGAGGAGGAGACGGCUGAAGUAGAACAUUUAACAGAGGACAUGGAGGAACAUAGAAAGGAUGAAGAGGAAAUAACAAGGAUGGAGGAGGAGAGGAGGAGAAAAGAAGAUGAAGAUGAGAGGAAACAAGAAGAAGCUGUUGAGAGACUGGCUGAGCAGAAAAGGAGACAAGAUGAGGAAGAAAGAAAAAGGAUUGAAGAAGAGAAGGUUAGACGAGAGGAAGAGGAGAGGUUGAGGAAGCAAGAAGAAGCUCUUGAGAGGUUGGCUGAGGAGAAGAGACAAGACGAGGAAGAAAGAAAAAGGAUUGAAGAAGAGAAGGUUAGACGAGAGGAAGAGGAGAGGUUGAGGAAGCAAGAAGAAGCUCUUGAGAGGUUGGCUGAUGAGAAGAGACAAGAGGAGGAAGAAAGAAAAAGGAUUGAAGAAGAGAAGGUUAGACGAGAGGAAGAGCAGAGGUUGAGGAGCCAAGAAGAAGCUCUUGAGAGGUUGGCUGAGGAGAAGCGGAGACAGGCUGAAGAAAGAAAAAGGAUUGAAGAAGAAGAGAAAGUUAGACGGGAGGAAGAGCAAAUGAUUUUGAGGAAGAGACAAGAAGAGGAGGAGCAGGUUAGGAGAGAAGAACAACAACAGCGUGAGAGACUAGAGGAAAAGAAGAGACGAGAGGAACAAGAAGGAAAGAGAGUUGAGGAGGAAAGGAUUAGGAUGGAGGAAGAGAGGGUCCAGGAAGACAGGAGGAGAGAAAAGAGUAUCAGGAGACGAGAGGAAGAGUGUAGGUUAGCCCAGGAAAAGAGAAAGGAAGAAGAAAGAAUAAUUGAGGAAGAGAAAGUUAGAAAAGAGGAAGAACAAGUGAGAAGAUGGGAGGUGGAAGAAUGUGAGGCAAAGAGGAAACUACAGGAUCAAGAAAAGAAGCAACAGGAGGAAAGGAUUAGGAAAGAGGAGGAGAGGAGACAGGAGGAAGAGGAGAAGGCUAGGAAAGAAAAGGAAGAAUAUGAGAGAUUGGCAGAGGAAACAAGGAAACUAGGGCAGAAAGAAAGGGAAAGGAUGGAGGAUGAAGAGAGAAUUAAAAGGGAGAAAGACGAAAGGAUGAGGAUGGAGGAAGAGAAGAUGAGGGAAGAAGAGGAGGCAGAGAGGGUUACGAGGGAAGUCAAGGAGAAGAGGAGACUUGAAGAACAGGAGAGGAGAAAAAUUGAGGAAGCAGAAAAAAAGAAAAGGGAGGAAGCGGAGAGAAUUAUGCAAGAGGAUAGGGCUAGGAAGGAAAAGGAAGAAUAUGAGAAAUUGGUAGAAGAAAAGAGGAAACUGGAGGAACAAGAGAGAAGACAGGAAGAGGAGAGAAUUAGACAUGAAGAGGAAGAAAAGAUUAGGAUUGAAGAGGAGAGGAGGAGAAGAGUGGGGGAUGAAGAGCGGGCUAAAAAGGAAGCAAUGGAAAGAUUGGCAGAGGAAAAGAAGAGACUAGAGGAACAUGAAAAGAGGAGGAUUGAAGAGGAAGGGAAAAGGCUAAGGGAGGAAGAGGAAAGGAAUAGGAAGCUGGAGGAAGCUGAGAGGGAGAAAAGGGAGGAGGAGGCCAGAAAGCUGGAGACGGAAAAGUUAAAAGAAGCAGAAGUACAGAAGAAAAAAGAUAAUACAACCAAGGAUGGACACAAAGCUGCCGGGAAGAAACCCAGAGUGGCAGAGGAGAGUCCUGCAGGAGUCGCCUGCACUAAUCCCUUUGAUGAGACCGGCUCUAGUAAUCCCUCUGAGGACGUCCCCGACUCACCUGCUGCACCCGACAGCCGCGCCUCCCAAGGGUCAAAGGUCAAACAAGGAUAUCCAUGUGCUGUGUCAUCAGUGGGAAGCGAGCCUCGUUCCACCGAUCAAAGGGACCUGAUUGGAGCUCAGCGGGACAAGCGACCGGCUCCUCAGCCUCCAAGAGGGAGUGUAGCUGAGAGUCAGAGGGAGCCAGAUGUCUCCAAACCACAUCAGGCACAAACGAACAAGCAGAGUAAUGACAAAGACCUCAAAACCGCCAGUGUUCUCCCUCAGCGUUCGGUGCAAGUAAUCGCUCCCCUGAGUCGAUCCCGAGCGGAUACGAAGAGCCCCCAGAGCUCCAUGCAAGGUAGUGACGCCAAAGGAGCAGGAGGUUUGGCCAAACACAGUAAACGCCCUGCACCAUCUAGACCUUCAGUGGAAGAGGAGCUGUCGUCUAAACCUAAAAGCCUCUCCGUUUCCAAAGGAGGUGGCCCAGAGACAAAACAAGCCCCCGUUGUUUAUAGCUCAAAUCCCUUUGAAGACGACGAAGAUGAUCCCACAGCACAAGAUGAUUCACCCACACCCGGUUCAGUACACUGGCCACCAGCCGCGUCCCAAGAUGCCGCCUCUCAAGCUAAACUCAAAUCCUCCAAAAUGGCCCGUGCUCCUGCACCUCCUCCGGCAUCGAGCACUUUAGCACAACAAAACACAGACAGAGGCCACGUCACCGACACUGCCGUUGUCGCUGCACCAGAUAAAGCUGCAAAGCAAACACGUGCCCCACAGCCAGAGGUCACGAUCUCUGCAGCCGUCCAGGACACGUCACUAAAAGAGCCGCAGCCGGCGAGAGCACAGAGCACUGCAGAGGUGACGGGUGUGAAAAAGGAAGGGCCUCCUACCACGUCCCGCAGGCUUCAGCCGGUAAAACCUCUUAACCCUCAGGAACAGAACUCCGCCCCCGUUGUUCAGUCAGAGAGAAAUAACAACUCCACAGAAAUUGAGAAGAAAAGAGAAGUUCAGGAUAUAACAAAGAUUCUCUCGCAGGUAAAUGACGGCGGGCCCAAAGGACCGUACACCCAGCUGACUCAAAAGGAACUCAUCUCCCUGGUGCUGAAGCAGGAGAAGCAGCUUUCUGAGAAGGACAAAACGAUAGCAGAGCUGGAGCUGUACAUCGACAACUUACUCGUGCGCGUCAUAGAAGAGAGCCCCGGCAUCCUGAUGUCAUUGAACUCUCUGAAGAGAACGGUGUAGGCAUGAUUCACAGCCAAUGCUUUUAUUUCCAUCUGUAUAAUUAAUGUAAACAUGAUCAACAACGGUUCCCACGACAGUAAACUUCACCCUGAAAUGGUAACAGGAGUAGAAGUUGAGGUCUGAGGUCAAGUUCAUUGCAAAAAGAGUAAUAGCAGAAAUACAAUAUAUUCAGUAAAAGAAAUCUUGUAGUUCCUUUUUUCUAAAUAUUUAGAUAUAUCUUUUACACUUUUUUACAUUAUGUACCUGUCCGUCUUUGUAACAACUUCUUGUUUAUAUUUGCACAUGUAUUUGUAAUAAUUAUUUUAAUGUCAAAUUCUGUCUGGUAAUAAAAACUGAGUCGUUUGUUGAUUUCAAUACUUGUUUCUCUUUUUCAAGGCAAAACAAAGUGCUUUCUCUGUCUGUUUUUCUCUCGUCUGUUAGCUUGUUGUUCACUGGUCACGUGUCCAGUACACACAAGAGCCUUAUUCUGCUGUUAACAUGACUGUUCUGUAGAUAAAGUUCCCUGCUCUUGUACUGAAUGUAAAACGUGUAUGUGAUUCUAAACCUUAAAAGCACUUUAAUGAAGCUUAUACUAUUAACAUGGUAUAUUCUGCCAUUCUCUACUGUACUGAGGUCACUGCUUCAUGGUAUUAAUAUAUGCAAAAUCAAUAAACUCAUGAUUAAACAAC